GACGUAAACAUAGAUUUUUUUCAAUUUGAUUUUUAUUAUAAGUUUUUCUAAACCACAGUGUUAUUAAAAUGGAUUUAAAAUCCAAACAAGGACCUGUUUCCUUGGAAAAAUAUAAAAAAUGUGGUGAAGUUUAUAGAUCUCCAGUUCUAAGUGACAAAAAAUACAUGUUUUUAUCAUGUAUUUAUUGUAAAGAUAUAUUUUGGGAAUUGGAAGGUUUCUUGCAACAUCUGGAUAAUGUUCAUCACACAAUUGAAGAUAAUUCUUCAAAUUUAUAUAAAGAAGAGGAGCUUAAUGAAGAUAAUUUAAUAAAUAAUGAAAAUAUUACAGCAUUAACAAUUGAAGCAAAUACAUUAAAACGGAUUUCAUAUAGCAUUGGUGAAAAUGAUCCUUUAGAUGAACAACAUUAUGAUUAUGGCGAUCUUUUGCCUACCGCUAUUAAAGAGGAACCUUCUGAAACUAAUGAACACGAUGGUAAAAUGAUUGCUAAACUUGGUGCUACUCAAGCCAAGGAAGUUUUAGAAAUAUAUCCAUUAGAAUAUGAUGACAAUAGCAGUGAUGAAGAUUAUGAGCCAGAUAAAGUAAGCUCUGAUGAUGAUAAUGAUGACAAUACCGGGGAAUAUCUAAAUGAGGAAUCUGACCAAGAUUCCGAAGAUAAUAAUGACCACGAAGAUAUUGAGUUAUUGGAAGCAAAUAUUGAAGAUAAUAAGAAAACAAAUCUUAAGCGUUUUACAAAAAAUCGUGAAUUUAUUAAAGCAGUUAUAAGUGCCUAUCAAAAGCAAAGUUUGUUAUGGGACAUGGAAUAUAAAACCACAAAACGCAGUUCGCCAGAUAAACAAAAAGCCCUUAAAAUAAUACUAAAGGAAAUUAAUGAUAAAUUUGAAAUUAGUGCUACCCAGCAGCAAAUAGAACGUAUAAUCAAACGUCUUAAGUUGAGAUUUAUACAUUAUUCGCGUUUAAAAGAUAAGGGAGAAACGUAUAAACCUUUGUGGUUCUAUGAUUUAUUGAAAUUUUUAGAACCUCACUUAAAGGAAAAUAAACUGCGAAGCGGUAUUUGCAAACAAUUAAAUGAUGAACAAUUUCUUACAUUACUUAAGUUAUUUAAAGAAAAUGAAUGUUUUUGGAAUGAAAAUAAUAUUUAUCAUACAUCCGUUAUUAAUAAGCAAGAAAUUUUAAAAACAAUAACCAAUGAUUUUUCAAAACUUUAUGAAUUAAAAGAUUUCAAUACUGAUAUUAUGCAAAAUACAAUAGAGGAAAUCAUAGAAAUGGCUCGAGAGGAGAAUACGAAUAAGAUGCGUUAUAUGGCAAGUAAUAACAAUGACGCCUAUCAUUCUAGUAAUAAAUUUUAUAAAGAAAUUGAAUUUUUAUUGCCACAUGUGGGUCCGUUUAAAUGUCAUUAUUGUCCAAAAACAUUUACGGAUAUUUACGCUUAUAAAUUUCAUAGAUCAAGACAUGAAGGCACCAAACCGUUCCAGUGUAUGCUAUGUCCUCGAGAAUUAACGCACAAAAAAGAAUUUGUUUGCCAUUUAAGGCGUCAUACGAAAGAGUGUCCUUUUCAGUGUAAUGAAUGUGAUAAAUCAUUUCCCAGCAAAAAGGAAUGGCAUCGACAUGUUAUAAAACAUGGCUCUAAACCUUAUGUCUGUGAAUUGUGCGCCGAUAGUUUCUAUACCCAACAUCAGUUAACUAAUCACAUGAAAAAUCAUAACAAUAUACGGGAUCAUGUGUGUCCUGAAUGUGGCAAAGGCUUCACUCAUCGUGGCUUGUUAAGGCAACAUUUGCAGACCCACAACAAAACUAAAUGUUUAUGUACUCUUUGUGAUAAUAUCUAUUCAAAUCCGCGUAGUUUACGCAAACAUUAUGUAAGAGUUCACGAGUCCGGACAAGAACCAUCGGCUGCCUCUAUGGCUCAGUAUAAUUGUCAGAUAUGUAAAAUAACAUUUUCCUCUAUACAAGAUGCCAAACAACAUCGGAAAGAGCAUAAACAAAGUAAUCCUGCUGAACGUAAACAUGUUUGUGAUAUAUGUGGUCAUCAUUUUGCUUAUCCCCGAAAUUUGGCCGAUCACAAAAAGACCCAUUCAAAUAUACGCGAUCAAGUAUGUGAUGUGUGUGGAAAGGCUUUUACCAAUACUAACCUAUUGAAUCAACAUAAAAAUGUUCAUACGGGCGAGAAGUUUGUGUGUAAGGCGUGUGGUAAAGAUUAUGCUCAUUAUCGUGGUCUUUGUCGGCAUAUAACAAAAGCUCAUGGUACUAAUAUCCGGGAUUUGGAUGCCUUAUUGGAGAAACAGAAACUGACUGCAAAUACACAAAUGACUGCAUUAAGUUUAACGAAUUAUAAUGCAUAUUCAAAUUAUAAAAAAUGUGGAGAAAUAUUACAAUCUCCAAUUAUAGGAGAAAAACAAUAUGCCCUGUUGUGUUUGCAAUGCCAUGAAAUUUGUUUACAAUUUCAAACAUUUAUGAUACAUAUAGAACAGGAACAUGAAAACUCCUAUCUAGAUGUAAAGACCAAGGAGGAAAAUAAAGAUUUUAACGAAGAGGAUGAUAUUGUGCUCAGUGAAUACGGUAAAACCGAUAAUGAAGAGGAUGAGGAUAAAAAGGAUUUUCUUAUGGAUCCUUUAGAAGAGCCAGAGGUAUUAUUGAUUAAAAAUCCCCCUUUAAAAGAAAAAGAUCAAGUUUGUAGCAGCAGACAAGAAUCAAAAAGAAAAUCUCAUCAUAAAAAAAUACCAGAAAAAGAUGUUAAACAGGAGCCACUCGAUGUUGAUAGUAAAUCAUUUACUGAUGGAACAAUAACAAAUGAAAUUGAGUUUGUAAACUCAAAUGUACAUAGUGAUGAAGAUGAAUUGGAUGUUGGGGAUUUGGAGGAUAAGAAAGAGAAAUUAAUUAAAAUUACAAAAAUAGACGAUAGUGAUGAAUAUUUUGACGAUGAAUAUAUAAGAGAUGAUGAUGAUGACGAAGAUGAGGAAGAAGAAUUUUUGGAUGAAAUAAAAACACCGCCAGCCAAAAAGUCCAAAGUUAAAAUGGACGAUGGUCUAGAUAUCGAUGAGUUUAUGCAAAAUAAAAUGAAAGUAUUAUUAUUUAUAACUUCGUAUCAGAAACAAGAUGAACUAUGGGAUGCAACCAGACCACCGAAAUUAGUAAAUCGAUGUCGAAAAAAACGUGAGGAAUGCUUAAAAAUCAUCUGUGAUGAAUUGGAGAAAAUGCAAAUUCAAAUGACCACAAAAGAUGUGGAGAAAUGUAUAAAAUACAUGAGAGUACGUUAUAUACGCGAGGUGCGUAUACGUAUGAAUUAUAUAAAAAAUAAAGAUAAAGACUAUAAGCCUUUAUGGUUCUAUGACCAGUUGGAGUUUUUAAAACCCACAUUAAGUUUCAUACAAGAGCUAGAGGAGGAGCAAAUGUUGGCUAAGCCUGAAUUAAAAGAUGAACAAAUCAUUACUUUAAUUAAUAUUUACAAAACGCAUCCCUGUUUAUGGGAUGAACAAGAUAUUUACUAUAACUCUGAUCAAAGGCGACAAGAAACACUGCAAACCCUUUUAAAAGAAGUCAAUGAAAAACUGCAAUCAAACUAUACUUUAGGCGAGCUGGAGGAAAAAAUUGAAUUUAUACACAAACUGGUGAAAAAAGAAAAGGAAUAUAUUAUAGAAUUUACCGCCACCAAUAAACCAGUUGAAGAAUACAAAUCAUCGUGUAAAUUUUAUGAACACAUUGAAUUUUUAUUUCAACAUUUGGGUCCGUUUAAAUGUCAAUUUUGUCCCAAGGUUCUGUCACACAUCUAUACAUUCCGCAUACAUACCGCCAAACAUGAUGGUUCAAAACCAUUUAAAUGCUCGGUUUGUCAAUAUGAAUUCACCCAAAAGCCUGGUUAUGUUAUACAUCUAAGACGUCAUACACAAGAUUUUCCUUUUGUUUGUAAAUAUUGCGGCAAAGGUUUUCCCUGUAAGAAGGAGCUUAAAUUACAUUUUCAAAAUCAUCCAGAAUAUGAAAAAGAAUUUAUAUGUGAUAUUUGUGGUGAGGGUUUUACCCAGCAAAAACUUCUUAAUUGGCAUUUAAAGGCUCACAACAAUAUACGGGACUCAAUCUGCAAUGUGUGCGGUAAAGGUUUUACCAAUUCGAAAUUGUUAUUUCAACACCGUACCGUUCAUAGUCAGCAGAAGAGUGUGUGUAAAUUGUGUGGCAAAACGUAUGCACAUUAUCGCGGUCUCUCGAGGCAUAUGACUAAAGAUCAUGGUACAACAGUUGCAGCUGUGGCAGCAGUUAUGGGUGAAAAGCCGAAAAAAAGAGUUCUAACUUUAAAUGAAAUAAAUUAAGAUGUUUUAUUUUUAUUGUAGAUACAUAAACAUAGUUUGUAAUAAUAGUUUUAUAAUAUGUAUUAUA